UUAAAAUGUCAAAUUUAUUUUUUUUUUGCUUAAUUAAUGUUAUUUGUUUAGAAAAAAUGCCAAAAUAUUACUGUGAUUAUUGUGACGCUUUUCUUACUCACGAUUCGCCAUCUGUUCGUAAAACGCAUAAUUCGGGAAGAAAACAUAAGGAGAAUGUUCGUCAUUUUUACCAAGCUUGGAUGGAAGAACAGGCUCAAAAAUUGAUUGAUGCUACUACAAAGGCUUUCACUACACAACGAAUGAUGGCUCCGAAUAUGAUUCCACCGAUUGCUCCAGCUGGGAUGAUGCCUCGUCCUUUCUUAAUGCCGCCGAUGGGAAUGUUGCGUCCACCAAUUAUGCCACCCAAUUCAUCUGGCUUUUUCAUGCCUCCAGUUCCAACUACAGGUUUCUCUAUAGCGAAUCCAGGAAUGCCGGCAGGAAUGCCUCGUAUUCCGAUUCCACACAUGCCAAUGCCGCCAACAACUACUGGAUCGGGAGGCGAAAGUGGAGGGCAACCACAACUUCGAACUCAAAUAAAAAUGCAGCCGCCUGAAUAG